AACAACACACAACAAAAACACCUUUCAAGCAGGACAAACAAUCUUAAACUAAAUGGAUCCACCCGAGUAUACUCUGUCCAAUGACGAUCUCGCAGAGAUUCGAGAAGCAUUCGCCCUUUGCGAUCCCCAAAAGACUGGAAGAAUCAGUCCAGAAGAUUUAGGAACUGUUAUGCGAGCCCUGGGUCAAAACCACACGGAGUCUGAGAUCUACAGAUAUUCCGAAGGACUCGAGGGAGAUUUUAUUGGUUACAUAGAACUUGAUGAUUUUAUUGAAAUGAUGACCAGAAUCUAUAAACUGAUGGAACACGAUGACUAUUUAGAGGCAGCAUUCAAGGCCUUUGAUCGGGAUCAGGAUGGGUUGAUAUCAUAUAGCGAACUGCGCAACGUUUUCAACAAUCUUGGCGAACAAAUGAGUGACGAACAGUUCGAUGAGGUGUUCCGCCAGGUUGAUAUCGACGGAGAUGGGACCAUCAACUGGAGGGAUUUCGUUCAUGCCUAUAAAUACUGAAUUAAGGUUCUAUGUUCUUAUACUACUAUGUGAUGGCUUGAGUCUCAAUAUCUAAUUUAUUUAUAUAAAGAAUAAACAUUACAAAU